CGAAAUUUUCAUUGGUUUCUAUUCUCAACACUACAAUCUCUCCUGUCUUUGACGAUAUCUAUCUACGUCAAGUCCUCUUGUAGAGGUGCGAAAUUCUCGAUGAUUUCAUUCUCACCCCGUCUGCAGCCCUCGGACGUCUCAACACCUCUCGGGUUUGACAACAUCUCUACAUCAAGUAUCUCUCACGCGAUUUGGAUAAGUAGAGAAUGAAGUUCUUGUUCAUCAUAAGGCAUAAGAAACUUUCGUUCCCUCGCACAAUACACAACUUCAUCUCUCAAUCUAUUCAAAAUGGUUUUGAAGCUCUACGGAUUCACCACCUCGACAUGCACGCUCCGUGUGGCAGUGGUGUUGAAGGAAAAGAAUGUACCCUUCGAGUUCAUUCCCGUUGAUUUGCUCAACGGUGCACACAAGGCCCCCGACUUUACUGCCCACCAGCCUUUUGGUCAAGUCCCUUACAUUGAUGACAAUGGUUUGAUUCUCUAUGAAUCGAGGGCGAUCGGUCGGUAUAUCGCUGCGAAGUACGCUUCGCAGGGAACCCCUCUCCUUCCCACCGACCCCGUCGCCAACGCGUUCUUUGAGCAAGCUGCGUCAAUUGAAACAUCCAACUAUGACCCUUUUGUCUCCGGAUUGGCAUGGGAGUUGAAAUUCACCACGUGGUUCGGAGGGAAGACCGACGAAGCCCGUGCUAAAUUACUGCGAACUCAGCUUUCUGCUAAGCUUGAUGCUUACAAUGUCAUCCUUGGCAAGCAGAAAUACCUGGCUGGAAACGAUAUUACACUGGCCGAUCUGUUCCACCUGCCCUACGGCGCCGUCGUUCUAGAUAUUGGUGUGGACGAGUUUAGCAGCCGCCCCAAUGUUGCCAGGUGGUGGAAAGAUGUCUCGUCCAGGGCAUCCUGGGAAGCAGUGAAGGGAGGUAUCUGAUCGAUGGAGAAAACGACCAGUUGAUCUAAAAUAAUUGCACGACAUGAUGUAGUAUCAGAUCUUGUGAUUAUCGAUCUAAGCUUACCCCCCCCCCC